GUGUGAGGGAGUGUUUGUGUUCUCUCCUACCGGUGGAUUGUCUCUCUGAGUCGUGUCUCUCACCUACCACUGAAUUUCUGACUGACUCUCUCUUUUUUAUUUCUCUCUCCCUCACAUUCUCUCUCUCUUUCUCUCUCUAUUUCUCUCUUUCUGCAGGACUCCAAGCCUCCUCCCUUACCCAAAUCAUUGCAGACAAAAUCGCAGAAAGAUAGCUGCCCCAUCUCGCCAGGUGUAACCAGGAGGUUUUCCUCAUCUGUCCUCUGAUUCCUACCAUUGUGUUCAGAAGUGGUUAAAUCCACCAGCAACUCAUCAGUUGUCAUGGCAGACAGUCGGCAGCCCGAGGACAACAGCUCCUCUCACUGGGCCCCUCCCACUAACGGAGCCCAGGACCAGUCAGCUGCCCUCGCUGGCCACGGAGAGAACGGCUUCUCCUCUUACAGAGAGAACGGCUAUCACGGAGGACACGCUGCCACAGCAGAGCAAGUGUCAGCCCGUAUAGUUGAGAAGGUGACAGCAGAGGCGGUGGCAGUGCUCAAGCAGGAGCAGGACAAGCAGGACUCUACUAGGAGACUGUCCUCAGUGGAGGACUCUGCCAACCUGCCACCCUCCCCUCCCCCCUCUCCGUCGGCAGAGCAGAUCGGACCCAUGGAGCAAACACAGACCACUGCAGAUUUACUUGCAGACCUGCCGGUGAACCCAGAGAAGCCUCGUUCCGACAAUCCUGCCAUGGCAGAGGAGCAUCCACAGGGGGCACCCCCUCCGCAGAGCCCGGUGGCCCCCACCACAGAGAGAGAAACACCUGAGGGAGCAGAGAGCACUGUGUCCAUCGCUGAGUUCUCCACUGGUUCCCCCAAAAACAAAUCUCUAACUGAUCCUACCACCACAGAACCCGAGAAAACGGUUCAGCCUUUAGUGGAACCAGAAAAGGGGCAAGGGACUGGAAGUACCACUAGUGUGGUUCCUAAGAUAGAAUACCUUCCGGAGCCCAAGACCACCGCUGAGAAACAGCCCUCGGUUGAAGAGCUCGACUCAGUUCCUCUUUCAGUUGUAUAUGAGCCCCUGAAAGAUUACAUUGAGGAAGAGGAGGAAAAUGAUGGUUAUGUUACACCCAGUAAGUCAGCAAACCUUGAGAGCGUUCGUGAGGAGAAAGAGAUCAUAUCAGAGAAAACUGAGAAAAGAAUGCUGAGUCUAGGACAAUCGACCGCCAGGCCAUUGUCAUUUGAGACUGAGAAGAUUGAGGAGACUCCUCAAACUAAUGUCAGUGAUGGAGAAAACCCAAAGCAGGAGGCACACAUAUCUGCUGCAGGUAGUCUAAAAGACAAGCAGAGUUGGGAAGAUAAGUCUGGAGUUGCUUCAAAAGACGAGUCAGGUAUGACGGCCUACUUUGAGACCUCUACACAAAGGGAUACUGAAAAACCAGGAGAACGUGGUGAGGGUUACUAUGAGCUCAGUGCUGUCAGCCAGAAGAAGCCCUCAGAGGAGAUUCUGGAGGCCGAUUCAAACAUUAAAAUAAGCGAUUCAGCACCAGAACAGACAAUGUCCAGCAUAACGUUGAUGAGUGACAGUGCCAUGGACAAGCUAGAGGAUCUCCCUAAAAGGAAGGAUGUGUGUACUAGACUGUCACCUGGCAAAUUGUCAUUGGAACACAGAAGUCUUUCUCUGAAUUUUGCUAUUGGCUCAAUGGGUCAAGCAGGAGAGCAAAACCAGUCGAAGCUCUCAUCUCUUACAGAGGUCUCUUCCGGAAGCCUGGAUGAAACCACAGGCUACCUUCCUCUAACCACCCCAUUAGUAACAUUAGAGAGACAGCUACUUCCUGUGACUCCAGAGAUAGCUCUCCCAGUUCCUACCACUGAAACCUCCACUGAUCUACCUGAAGACACCACCUCUAAGACAAUGUGUUCUCCUGAGUUGUCACUCUCACCCAUGAAGCAACACUACACACAUUUGAAUGACCCAUCCAACGACCUUCCUGAGAUGCUGGACCUAGCCGGUGUUAAGCCCAAACCCACCCUGGAGAAGAGGGAGCUGGACCAGCAUAAUAGAAGGAGGUCUGUCCCUGCCUGUCCAUCUGCUGCUCUGGUGGGCAGUUCUCUGGCCAAGCUGGUGCUGGGGAACCAGCAGACACCCAGGGUGGUGGGUGGAGAGGAGAGCCAGCAGGAGGAGCGUGGUUACUGCGUGUUUAGUGAGUACUCUGGUCCCAUGCCCUCGCCUGCCGAUCUGCACAGCCCAGUGGGCUCCCCACACCAACGGUUCCCCACAGUGACUGAAGGGGACAGUGACGAGGAACUGGGAGCCAUUGCGGAAGAGGGCGAGCAAAAGCUGGCACCGCAAAAAACAAACCAGGCAGAAGAAUCGGUUGGAGGAACGGUUAAGCCAACUUUGGUGCUUGAAAGAGCUGUCACGGCAGGUGUCAAACCGGAUCGUCUGAGGAUCCCUGUGGCUCCAUCCAAAGACAAACUGACAGAGUUCCGGCUGGAGAGCGGUCUUCCCGGGGACAUCAAAACCCAAGCCAUUCCUGAGGUAGAGUUGGAGCAGGACCUCUCCAGAGAAGCGUCCCCCAUCCCACCAGACUUCGCAUUUACUUUUGGCACUGAGGUGAAGGACACCAAGCUUUUUGCGACCCCUGAGUCUCCAGCAGAAAAGGCUGCCGCUGUGGAGGGAACUAAAGUUGAGGAAGUCGCAGCGGAAGUCAAAGUAAAGGUGGCGUCAGCAAGGAUUGGGAAGAGUCAGAAGACUGGUCUUAAAAAGCCAGAGAUGGAGAAAGUGGAGGAGACCUCAGACCCAGACCAUCAGAAUGCUGUUGAAGACUUACAGCCAAAGGAUGUUCGAGGACUGGAGAGAGAAAAGAAAAAGGAACCCAUGACAUCAUCACCUGAAUCAUUAGUGGAGAUCAUCAAUGCGCAGGAGAAGAAGCGUGAAAGUGAACCAGAAGUGUCAACAGUACCAGCGGAGGCUGUCGUUCCAAAAGAAGAGGCCAAGACCAAAGCUGAAGAAACAUCACCAACACCCUCUAACGUGAGCACUGCAGAUGUGGAGGAAGCCACAGAGCAACUAGAAGAGAAAAGUCCAGAGAAAAGUGUUUCUGGAAGUUCUCCAGUUAUAGUCAUACCUCAGGCACAAGUUGAGGAAGAGGAGGAGGAAGACGAUAUAGAAGUAGCUGAGGAAGUCUUGGAGGAAGUUGAAGGCCCUCCUGUGCUCCUCAAGGACAAAGAGCAAGAGAGUCACCCUAUGGAGAAGCAGGAGGAGGUGGCAGAAGAGGUGAGGGUGGUGGGUGGGGCGGAGAAGGUGAUUGUUGAAAAUCCUAAAGAUUUGGAGUCUGCUGUUGCUGGGGAUGACGAAUCAUGUGAUGCUACUGCCCCAACCAUUGAUGAAGGGGAUUAUGCCGAUCACAUCUCUCAUCUAUCUGCCUGCUCUGGAAACGACCAGCCACAAACCCUCGAUGGAAAGGAGGCAGAGAAAGAGAAGAAUAAAGUGGAGGAUAAAGAAGGGGUGGUGCUGCAGGAAGAGGAGGAGUCCGCUGAAGUGGGGCAGGAAGUUGAGGUGAAGGCUUCCAGUCGCGAGGAGACGGAGACCUCAGACGUACUACGGAGCCAGACCAGCGAGACCACCGCUCUCGACGAGACCACCAUGGACGUCUCCAUGUUAGACAGCGAGAGCGGCUGGGUGGACUCACAAGAUGAUGACAGAAGCGUAAUGACAGAGCAGAUUGAAGCUCUGCCCAAAACACAGAGUCCUGUCAAGACUCCCCUGGUAGAGAGACCCUCUAAUAAACGUCCCCCCGGCAGAGGACAGGGGCGCGCCUCCACCCCCGAGCGCAAACUCAACCGCAGAGAGCCCGUCAGUCGUCGUCCAAAGGAGGAAGAGAAGAAGAAAAAAGCGGGGAUGAAGAGAACUGAACAGUGUAAGGUAUCAGUCCUCCAGUGUCGCUCUCCCACUCGGAGGAUUGUAGUCAAAGCUGCUACGUUCAGACAAGCUAGACCUGCUUCGCACCACGGCUCUGCUAGACGCAAGCCACCAGCCGUGGAGGACCAGCAGCCUCUUAAUGUGACCCACCAAUCCCGGGAAAGGACCUCUGAGGGUACCUACCGGACUCCAGAAAAGAGGUCCUCUCUGCCCAGGCCUGCCUCCUCCCUGCCCCGCCGUGCCCCCCCAGCAGAGCACGACAAAUCAUCCUUCUCCUCUAACUCCUCCUCCUCCUCUAACUCCUCCUCUAACUCAAACUCGUCGGCCCGUUCCCGUUCGGCCCGGAGCGGAGCCUCCACGCCCCACACCCCCGGCUCCACAGCGGUCACCCCAGGAACACCACCCAGCUACUCCUGCCGCACCCCCGGGAGUCGCACCCCCGGCAGCCACACACCCAAGUCUCUCAGCCUCCUCACUCAGGAGAAGAAGUUUGCUGUGAUCCGCACACCGCCCAAGUCGCCCUCUACCACGCCCAAGCAGCUGCGCGUCCUCAACCAGCCCCUGCCUGACCUGAAGAACAUCAAGUCCAAGAUCGGCUCCACAGACAACAUGAAGUACCAGCCCAAAGGUGGACAGGUCCACAUUACCACCAAGAAGAUAGACCUGAGCCACAUCACCUCCAAAUGUGGAUCAAUGUCCAACAUCCGUCACCGACCAGGGGGUGGUAACGUGCGUAUUGAGAGUGUGAAGCUGGACUUCAAGGACAAGGCCGAGGCCAAAGUGGGCUCACUGGCCAACGCCAGUCACACUCCCGGGGGAGGACAAAUCAUGAUCGAGAGCCACAAGCUGACGUUCCGUGACACGGCCAAGGCUCGCGUGGACCACGGGGCAGACGUUAUCACCCUGUCCCCAGGUGGCACCGGGGGUACAUCCCCCCACCGUCUCAGCAACGUGUCAUCCACAGGCAGCCUCAACCUCCUGGACUGCCCCCAGCUGUCCACACUGGCCCAGGACGUCACCAUGGCCCUGGCCAAGCAAGGCUUAUGAGCCUCCUGCCUCCUCCUGGUUCCUGGUUCUCCAUCGCCCCCUGGUUCCUGGUCCUCCAUCGCCCCCUGGUUCCUGGUACUCCAUCGCCCCUGGUUCCUGGUCCUCCAUCGCCCCCGGUUCCUGGUCCUCCAUCGCCCCCUGGUUCCAGGUCCUCCAUCUCCCCCUGGUUCCUGGUCCUCCAUCGCCCCCUGGUUCCUGGUCCUCCAUCGCCCCUGGUUCCGGUCCUCCAUCGCCCCCUGGUUCCUGGUCCUCCAUCUCCCCCUGGUUCCUGGUCCUCCAUCGCCCCCUGGUUCCUGGUCCUCCAUCUCCCCCUGGUUCCUGGUCCUCCAUCUCCCCCUGGUUCCUGGUCCUCCAUCUCCCCCUGGUUCCUGGUCCUCCAUCUCCCCCUGGUUCCUGGUUCUCCAUCUCCCCCUGGUUCCUGGUCCUCCAUCUCCCCCUGGUUCCUGUUCCUCCAUCUCCCCCUGGUUCCUGGUCCUCCAUCUCCCCCUGGUUCCUGUUCCUCCAUCUCCCCCUGGUUCCUGGUCCUCCAUCUCCCCCUGGUUCCUGGUCCUCCAUCGCCCCUCGGACCUCCUGGAUCCCUUGGACGUCCUCGUCUUAACAUCCCCCUUCAACAUUUCUCCGUCGGCCCUCCACUGCAACAACCCUUCGCCGUCGUCCCCCAAGAUAAGAAACCAGAUAACUGUGAUCAGAGUAUCAGAUUCCAUCUUCCAUCAUUCCACUCCCCCUCUCGCUCCUCCAUAGGAAAACAUGCUAUUUAAACUACCACCACCAGGGGUGUUUUAAUGACUGACUCUAGGAUGUUUGUUCUUUUUCUUUCUGUUCUAAGGGAUGUGCUCGACUCUGCUAGGGUGUGUUGUGUUGUUCUUUUGGCUUCUUUUCAUUACAUGUUGAACUUUCUUUGGGACAUUACUGUAUAUGGCCAGUGUGCUAGCUAGCUAAGGCAUUGAAACAGGUACAGGGAUAGUGUUGAUAGGGUAUUAUCGGUUAUCUAAGACUUUACAGUGAUUCUUAUUGUGUGGCAAUGAUCUCAAAGACAUUCCAUUUGGCCUAGGAUAUUAAGCGGUCCAGCCUGGUUUCAUUCCCAACAUACACUAUACAUACAAAAGUAUGUGGACACCCCUUCAAGUUAGUGGAUUCGGCUAUUUCAGCCACACCCGUUGCUGACAGGUGUAUAAAAUUGAGCACACAGCCAUGCAAUCUCCAUAGACAAACAUUGGCAGUAGAAUGGCCUUACUGAAGAGCUUAGUGGCUUAUAACAUGGCACCGUCAUAGGAUGCCACCUUUCCAACAAGUCAGUUUGUCAAAUUUCUGCCCUGCCAGAGCUGCCCCGGGCAAUUGUAAGCGCUGUUAUUGUAAAGUGGAAACGUCUAGGAGCAACAACGUCUUAGCCGGGAAGUGGUAGACCACACAAGCGCACAGAACGGGACCACCAAGUGCUGAAGAGCGUAGUGUGUAAAAAUCGUCUGUCCUCGGUUGCAACACUACUGAGUUCCAAACUUUCUCUAGGAGCAACUUCAGCACAAGAACUGUUCGUUGGGGGCUUCAUGAAAUGGGUUUCCAUGGCCGAGCAACCGCACACAAGCCUACGAUCACCAUGUACAAUGCCAAGAGUCUGCUGGAGUGGUGUAAUGCUCGCUGCCAUUGGACUCUGGAGCAGUGGAAAUACGUUCUCUGGAGUGAUGAAUCACGCUUCACCAUCUGGCAGUCCAACAGGAGUAUCUGGGUUUGGCAGAUGCCAGGAGAACGCUACCUUCCCCAAUGCAUACUGCCAGCUGUAAAGUUUGGUGGAGGAUGAAUAAUGGUCUGGGGCUGUUUUUCAUGAUUCGGGCUAGGCCCCUUAGUUUCAGUGAAGGGAAAUCAUAACACUACAGCUUACAAUGAUAUUCUUGACGAUUCUGUGUCCAACUUUGUGGCAACAGUUUGGGGAAGUCCCUUUCCCGUUUCAGCAUGACAAUGCCCCUGUGCACAAAGCGAGGUCCAUACAGAAAUAGUUUGUUGAGAUCGGUGUGGAAGAACUUGACUGGUCUGCGCAGAGCCCUGACUUCAACCCCAUCGAACACCUUUGGGAUGAAUUGGAACGCCAACUGCGAGCCAGGCCUAAUCACCCAACAUCAGUGCCCGGCCUCACUAAUGCUCGUGGCUGAAUGGAAGAAAGCCCCCGCAGCAAUGUACCAACAUCUAGUGGAAAGCCUUCUCAGAAGAGUGGAUGGCUGUUAUAGCGGCAAAGGGGGGACCAAAUCUAGAUUUGGGUAUGUCAUUUUAGAUGAACAUUUAAAAAAAGAGGUUAAUGCCCAUGAGUUUGGAAUGAGAUGUUUGAUGAGCAGUUGUCCACAUACUCUUGAUCCUGCAGUGUAUCUGAUCCAGUAUCCCAGGUCCUGUAUGUGUCUCGUAGACAGGAGGCUGUUACGUUUGUGAACAACAAUUCAUCUACAACACAACACAACACAAUUCAAUACAAUGCAAAAUGUUACAACUGUAACGGUAAGAAAUGACUGUUCAGACAAGCUUGUUCCAAUUCAUUGGCAGAAAAUGAGAUGUUUACUAUUAGACUUGAUUUUGUUUUAGUCAUGUGACUAUAUGACUUCAUGAUGUCAUUUGCUGAAUUAUUGGACAAAAUGUGGUUUUGUUGAGUUUGUUUUAUCUCAUUAAUAGUGCAAAUGGUAGUGUUGAUGUCACGGUGGCUGAACUAGCUUGGCACAUGCUGUCAUGUCAAUUUGCAAUGCUAUAAAACCCUCGCUUUCCAAUAGACCUCUUCCACGAGCCAUCAGGCUGCUUUUCUGCUUCAGUGAUGUGAGCAUUCAUUUUACAUACAGUAGCUCUGUGAUUUCCACCAAACAGUCGCUGUUAUGCUGACGUGACAAAAGCCAGUGAGUGACCUAAUAGCACCGUGUUAUAGACAUAAAAGAUCUAGAGAGUGAACACUGUAGCUAGGGACUAUACUGUGUCUAGUCAGUGAACACAGUCUAUAACCGCUUUGUACCAGCCUUAGACUAAUACGUUUGCUUCCAAUAAGCCUUUCUCUUACGUUUAGAGUAGCAAGAACAUGGACCUUGAAUGAGCGAAGGGCCUGCAGUCGCUUGUGUAACUACGCAGAACGUGUCUGCAGCUUUAUAUUUAAAUAAACAUUCCAUGAGAAAUAGCAGCUAUGGUUGUACACUGUGAAAAUGUCCCAGUCGGAUCGUACGGACGGGACUUUCCGAGGAAAGAAGGUUCAAGUCAUGAAGGGACGUAGUGGAAGGAAAAGGAAGUCAUUCUCAACUUGUACGUGUUUGAUAAAAAUGUUCUAGCUUACUUUUAUCUGUCACCAUUUGUGAUUCCCUCCCUCCCACCCCCAAUUUCCAGAUGUUGGUUACCCUUCAGUGUUUUUCUCAAGCCCCUUCUUCUCUCUUCCUUCCCCUCCCACAACACUUUGCCUGUUUUAAGUGUAUUUAAAGAGACCAUGUAGAUGUGCACACUUUACAAUGUUUGAAACAAUGCUGUUGACAAAACACUCCUACAUAAUAAUAACAGGAAUAAAAUAAUAAAAUGAACUAAAUACA